AUGGACGUUCCAGUGACUAACGAUGAAAUUAACCAUACCGCAAAUUGUGGAUUUCAACUGAAAAAAUUAUUCGUCGACCUCAGCGGCAGCAAAAUAUCCAGUCCAGAGUAUUUACUGUCCGGUUUGGAAAAAAGCAGGAUGAGUUGUACUGGAAGAACAUGCUCGGAUAUAUGCUCCAGUGGAAGACCGGCGACAAAUUGGCAGAAAUAUUGCUACGGAAUCGGUUUACUCGGGUCACUAUACAUCAUACUUUUGGUCAUACACCAAGGUGAGAUCAUACGCAAUCUAAGCAAACGCGUUGAAUACAUAAAGCAAGACGUAGACAACAACGUCGGCAGCGACACGAGAUUGCUAAGCCUCGAAGCCUCCCUAUGGAACAUGAAGCGAAACCAGGAAUCGAUGGAAACGAGUUUGAAAGACCUGGUGGACAACCAGCUGGCCAUAUACAGCGCAGACAAAACCGGAAGGACCGACUACGCCAUGGAGUCUUUAGGUGGUCGUAUAAUAUCUACAAUCCCUCACACCGAGAACGUAGAUUUCGCCAAAACCUUCUUCGGCAUAACGCUGUGCGAGGGCACCAACGGCCCCAAGGCCAUGCUGCGGCCCGACAUGACGCCGGGCCAUUGCUGGGCGUUCAAGGGCCACUCGGGCGGCGCCCUUAUUCAGCUCAUCGGCAGCGUCAGGAUCGACGCCGUGGCGCUCGAGCACAUAUCCGAGCGGGUUUCCCCGUCGGGCGAGGUCUCCUCCGCGCCCAAGGACUUCGCCGUGGCCGGCCUGAAGAGCCCGGCCGGCCCGGCGAAGGAAUUGGGGCGAUUCAUGUACAACGUAUUCGAGCAGCAGCUGCAAACUUUUGGGGUGAACAACGAGGAGUAUUACGAGGUGCACGGUAGUUUACAACAAAAGUAG